UGGGACGCCCGAACCGGGCGGCGGGUGGAGGGGUAGCGGUGAGGGAGUGGUGCGGCGGUGGCAACAGCAAGAUGUCGAGCAGGAGGAGUGUUGGGGACCCGGAGUAUUUAACCAGGCGCAUCCCUCAGAAUCCCAGAUACCAACAUAUAAAAACCCGCCUCGAUACUGGAAGCAGUUUGACAAAAUACACUGAGAAGUUGGAAGAGAUCAAAAGAAAUUACAGAUAUAAAAAGGAUGAGCUGUUUAAAAGGCUGAAAGUGACUACUUUUGCCCAGUUGGUCAUCCAGGUUGCCUCUCUAUCUGAUGAAACCUUAGAAGUGACAAAUGAGGAGAUCCACGAGCUGGAAGAUGGUGAUUCUGCUCCUCCAGAUGCUGAAGUCUCAGCAGGGACAAAUGGGAAAGGAAGCCCUGAUGGGACACCUAGUCCAGUCCUCUUCAUAAACAACACAGGGGCUGUGGAAUCCUAUCGGUCCACCCUGCAGAGUGUGAUAAGCGGCGUUGGCGAACUUGAUAUAGAAAAGGACACUCCAAAGAAAGUGGACACUCAGGCUAAAGACAUGCCUUAUCCCGACUGCCCCUUCCUGCUUUUGGAUGUACGAGACCAGGAUGCGUACGAUCAAUGUCACAUUAUUGGAGCUUAUUCCUACCCUAUUGCAACGCUCUCUAGAACAAUGAACCCAUAUACAAAUAAUAUUCUGGAAUAUAAAAAUGCACAUGGAAAAAUCAUCAUUUUGUACGACAACGAUGAGAGGUUGGCCAGCCAGGCUGCCACAACCAUGUGUGAGAGGGGCUUUGAGAACUUGUUUAUGUUAUCUGGAGGUCUCAAGGUCCUGGCACAGAAGAUCCCUGAAGGACUGAUCACCGGCUCGCUCCCCGUGUCCUGCCAAGUGACAGCUCCCACUGGAUCUGCCCGAAAAAAGACCUCUCCCAAAGUGCCACCCACCCGUGCUGAGAACAAAUGGAGAUUCUCUGCGGAUGAUCUACAAAAGAUAAAGUUCUACCUGGAAGAGGAACACGUUCCUUCAGAUGCUGCUAGCCAUCGUGGUUCUUCAGGCCGUAAUUCCAAGGUGACAACCGUGAGGAGCAGCGCCGCUGGCAACGUGGGGUCCCUCACCGCCCGCUCGUUCAGCAAGAGCAGCCUCCAGAACAGGCCGUGGAAAUAAGCCAGCCGUGUCUUUCACUAAUUGGACAUCCAGGUUCUGGGAACCCUGAGCAGUGCAGCCCGUUUGUCGUUUUAGGAAUCCGCAGGGAACAGCAGCAGUGGUGUGUAAAUGGCAGCUCUGGUAAGGCUGGGAGCGCUGGGACGGCUGAUGUUUCGUAGAAGCAGGAACGGGAUCACUUUGGCAAGGUGGAAUUUUAGGUGAGGUGUCAGGACAGAGUUAUCUAACUGAUAUUUUUUUUUAGAGGAGGGAGUAAACUGGUAGUGACCAGUAGAAACGGUUCUGCGAAGCUUUUAGGUCAGAGGAAUGAAUUUGUGUCUGUAACACGCUCCUGUGCUGAGCCCCCAGAACCACAGAUUGUGUGACCAGGAGAACAGAAACCAGAAACCAUCUGUGAGCAAAAAAACAUGGUGUUUUGUAGCAAAGAUAAAGACAUUCAACAACUUGCCAAAAAUGCUGGAGAGAGGAUUCCCUAAGUUGUUUGGUUUGUUUCGUUAUUUAUUUUUAUGUUAAUGAACAGAAGUAUUUGUAAUAAAGAUGUGUUUGGAAAUAA